AACAGCUGCUGGUGCCGGGGUCUAUCAGGAAGCCUGUUCCCCUUUACAGCAACGUGUAUUUUCUACAAGAGAGUUUGUGUGCAAUGGGUCGCCGUAAGUCCAAAAGAAAGCCCCAACCGAAGAAGAAGCUGACAGGAGAUCUGGAGUCUCAGUUCACCUGUCCCUUCUGCAACCACGAGAAGUCAUGUGAUGUCAAAAUGGAGAGAAGCAGAAAUACUGGGAUAAUAUCCUGCACAGUCUGCUUGGAGGAGUUCCAGACCCCCAUUACCUAUCUGUCAGAGCCGGUUGACGUGUACAGUGAUUGGAUCGAUGCCUGUGAAGCAGCCAAUCAGUAGCCCUCGUGGAGCUGGAUGUCUUUCAGGAAGAGGAUGAGGAUGUGGCUGAUGGUUCUGGGCCCGUUAGGAUCAAGCUGGUCAGAGGCUUUCAUAUGGUCAGCUGAGAUUUACAGCUGCGUUAACGGCAGAUUGAUCUAUGUGGUCUUCAGGCACAAAGUGGCUCUGAAGUGUUCCUGUUGUCUUCAGGCUUUUGCCCUGUGAGGUCUCAGCCCACAGCUCUAGCUUUGAUUCUUGAGAUUUAUAAAAAAUAUAUAAUUAUUUGCAAUAUAACUUAUCUUUACACAUUAAGCAGGGCUUUCUAUUUUCAACAUUUCUUUUAUUUUCUUUAUUUUAAAUAGUAGUUAUUGAAGAUUACAAAAAUGUGUCCUGCUUUUUUUUUUUUUUAAUUGCUGGAAAAUUUGGUGCAGGAAUAAUUUUUACAAGAGGCCUGGAUUGUAAGACAAUGAGUUCCGAUCUUGGCUCUUUGACUUUGCAAAGUGUCGGUGGGAGUGAGCUCUAUCUUUGGCUGAACGUUAAAUUCAGGCUAAUGUUACGGGUAAUGUCCACAGCCCUCCUCAUCCUCAUGAAGACGGUUGUGUCGCAACACUAGGUCAUUCCACUGGAGAGAGGAAUGGAAAAAAAUGUGCAUGAUUUACGCUUAGCUGCUCAUUUCAAAGGGUAAAUCAGUUUAAAGUUGAUUGUAUGUUGUUUUUUUUGUUCAAGAAAUAAAAUUUUGAUGAGUGCACAUGAUUUUCAUUAAUGA